AAGGAAAUGCCACUUGUUAGAUGAGUUGUCAUGUGCUGCAACUUGUACACAGCACAUAAAUGUACACAAAAUGUUAUCCGUUCAAAAUCAGAUAAAUAAACCAUUAAAAUGUGAUGAACUAAACUGACUUUGGUUACUUAUUAGAAAUCUGCAGCAGUCAUUAUACAUAGUGAAAACAGAUUAUGUAGUAUGGUUUCUAUCAGGAAGUGAAAGCGUAAAUCACACAUCGUCCCACCAGUUUCAAUAAUCAGCUUACGGGCAUCCUCUAUUUCCUACCACAUGUGACAGAUCAUUUGCACAAAAGGCAACCUAACUCGGAACAAGAAGAAAUUUGAUGAUGUGCACAAAAGGCAAUCUAACUCGGAACAAGAAGAAAUUUGCCCCAUGCAUGUCCCUCUACAGCAUGCACAACAAUUUUACAGAUGUUUCAACAGGGCAGACAAAUCCAUCUGGGUUUGGCAUAUCAGCACAUACAGCAUGAUAGACUCAUCCUAACUACUGUGGUAGUAGCACAUGGUCAUAAGACAGAUGUAACAGACAAUAGAAUGCUGCUAAGGCCCAUAUGGUAAUUGCAAGCAAGUGGAUUUGUGUCAUUCAUCUCCCACCCUGGUUACCCAUCAUAGAUGUGAGUUUUACUCCGUCCGUAAAGAAAUAUAAAAGCGUUAGAUCACUACUAACAUUUCUUUACAGAGGGAGUACUUCAGUUAAGCAUGCACACAAGUUUUAUGUACUCAGAAAUUCGAAUUUCAUGCAUGACCCUUCAAAUCAUACAUAAGCAAGUUAGUUUAUCAGGUAUUUUCCCUGAUGCAUGCCAACCCAUAUUCCAUAGAGAAACCUAUGCAUUCUGACCAACAUUAGUAUACCAGAAAAUCAAAUGACGAUGAUUACGCCAAUGGUAACUGUAACAGAGUCCCAACAUUUGAUGAAUAAAUAAGCGUGCAGUGUUAACAACAAUACACGCUACAUACCCCUUGAAAUCAUGUAUAGGCAGGCAAUUUCAAAUAUUUCUCCCCCAAUGCAGGACCAAUGAUACCAUGGUAACUGAAACUGAUUCCGCGACAGUUGAAGAAUAAAGAAGCACGUAAUGCAAGCAAGAAUGUAGCUUGGCUACAUGCCUAUUGAAAUUAUCAUGUAUACACAAGCUGAUUUCAAACAUUUAUCACCCAAAAUGUAGGACCCAAGACAUCACUGCCAACUUUAGUGUAACACUCAUCCUAAUCAGUGUGGCAGUAGCACAUUCUCAUAAGAAUGGAACAGAAAAUAGAAUGCUGCUAAGACCCACAGCAAUUGCAAACAAGUGACUUUGCAUACCCCCAUUGGUUACCCAUCACAAAUGCUUCGUUUUACUUCAGUUGAGCAUACAUGCAACUUUUAUGUUCUACAACUUGCAAUUUUGUCCAUGGCCCUUCAAUCAUACAUAAGCACCUCAAUUUCUGAGAUAUUUUCCCUAAUGCAAGGCUAACCCAUAUUGCACAGGCAAAACUAUGCAUUCUGACCAACAUUAGUACUAUAACAGAAAAUCGAAUGCUAAUGAUUACACCAAAGGUAACUGCAGCUGAAUCCCCAACAGUUGAUGAAUAAAGAAGCAUGCACUGUUAACAACAAUUUCAGGCAAUUUCAAAGAUUUCUCCCCAAAUACAGGACUCAAUACAUCACUAGCAACAUUAGUGUAACAUAAAAUCAAGCGAUGAUAGCAUGGUAACUGCAACUGAUAUACAAGCAACAAUGUAGCUAGGCUACAUGUCCCUUGAAAUCAUAAUGUACAACACAAAAGUUGAUUUCAAAGGUUUCUCCCAAAAUGCAGGACCUGAGACAUCACUGCCAACAUUAGUGUAACAGAAAAUCAAAAAAUGGCUGCACCCAUGGUAAGCAGCUGCAAGCAAUUUCUGCCUAUCCUCCUGGUCCUCAUCAGAUGCCUCAGCCUUCAAAGCCCGGCCACCGGCAGCCAGGACCAAGAAAGCUUCCUCUACACCGGCUUCGCCGGCAGCAACCUCACCCUUGACGGCGCGGCCACCAUCACGCCGGCCGGCCUCGUCAAGCUCACCAACGAGACGUUCCGGAUCAAGGGCCACGCGUUCCACCCGGCGCCGGUGCGCUUCCGCGAGGCCCCCAACGGCACGGUGCGGUCCUUCUCCAUCUCCUUCGUGUUCGGCAUCCUCUCCUCAUUCGGCGACAUACGGGGCCAUGGCUUCGCCUUCUUCAUCGCCCUGAGCACCGACCUCUCCGCCGCCUUUCCCAUCCAGUUCCUGGGCCUUAUCAAUGCCACUAAUAAUGGAAGCACGAGCAACCACCUCUUCGCCGUCGAGCUCGACACCAUCCAAAACACCGAGUUCGGGGACAUCGACAACAACCAUGUCGGCGUCGACAUCAACAGCCUCAACUCGGUGAAAUCCAACACCGCCGGCUUCUACAAUGAUGAGGGCGAUGGCAUGCUCUCAAACAUGUCCCUUAUUGGCUCCGGGCCAAUACAAGUUUGGGUGGAAUACCAUGGGGAGUCCACACAAAUCAACGUGACCUUAGCACCCCUUGGUGUCACAAAACCAGUGAGGCCAUUACUCUCAACCACCUAUGACCUCUCACCGGUGCUCACAGACCAAGCCUACCUUGGCUUCUCAUCUUCAACAGGUUUAAGCACAGGCCAUCACUAUGUGCUUGGUUGGAGCUUUGGAAUGAACACCCCUGCUCCAUUUAUAGAUACCACCAAACUACCCGGGCUACCUUACCUGGGCCCAAGACCUCAAUCCAAACUCCUAGAGAUAGUUCUGCCGAUAGCUUCCGCGUUGUUUGUGUUAGCUGUCGGCAUUCUAUGUGUUAUAAUGGUGAGGAGACAUAUUAGGUAUAAGGAGGUGCGUGAGGAUUGGGAGGUUGAGUACGGCCCUCGCCGAUUCUCUUACAAGGAUCUGUUUCGUGCCACCAAGGGAUUUAAGGACAAGAAUUUGAUCGGCGUAGGCGGGUUCGGAAGGGUGUACAAAGGGGUUCUUCCGACAUCUAAAUCGGAGGUUGCCGUAAAGAGGGUAUCGUACGACUCGAAGCAGGGCGUAAAGGAAUUCGUCGCUGAAGUCGUAAGCAUUGGCCAUCUUCAACACCGUAAUAUCGUGCAGUUAGUUGGAUAUUGCAGGCGGAAAGGUGAACUUCUCCUAGUAUAUGACUACAUGGCAAAUGGAAGCCUCGACAACCACUUGUAUGGUCAAGAAGGAAAUGCUACUUUAGGGUGGGGGCAAAGAUUCCGGAUUAUCAAAGAGAUCGCGAUGGGUUUGCUCUACCUUCAUGAAGAAUGGGACAAAGUUGUCCUCCAUCGGGAUGUCAAGGCAAGCAACGUGCUUCUUGACAAACAGAUGAAUGGAAGACUAGGAGAUUUCGGUCUCGCGAGGUUGUACGACCAUGGUACCGACCCGCAGACCACACAUGUUGUUGGCACAGUAGGAUACCUAGCUCCAGAGCUGGUACUCAGAGGUAAAGCAACCACUCUCACCGAUGUAUUUGCCUUUGGCAUCUUCAUUCUUGAGGUUACCUGUGGGCAAAUGCCUAUCAAGGAGGACCCACAAGGCAACCAGGUCGUCCUGGUCGAUUGGGUGCUUCAGAACUGGCACAAAGGAUCACUUCUUGAUGUAGUGGAUGCCAAUCUUCAAGGUAGCUAUGACACCAGUGAGGCGUGCCUUGCGCUAAAACUAGGGCUCUUAUGCUCGCACCCAUUUCCCGAAGCAAGGCCCAGCAUGCGGCAAGCUAUGCAGUACCUUGACGGUGACAUGCCACUCCCGAAGCUGCUGCCGGCGUACUUCAGCUUCCACAUGUUGGCCCUGAUGAAGAAUGAAGGCCAAGUUGACUCGUCCACAAUGUUGCCCUAUCCUUCGCCGAUGAUGACGAGCUUUGGCUCAAUAUCAGACUUCUCGGUACAUGGGAGGUGA